UGUGCCACCAGGGGCUCAUUUGACGACGGGACCACGCGAUUCUACACGGCGUGCGUCAUCGAGGCUCUGGCGGAGCUCCACUGUAAGGGGAUCAUCUACCGGGACCUCAAGCCCGAGAAUAUCAUCCUGGACCACAGAGGCUACGCCAAGCUGGUGGAUUUUGGCUUCGCUAAGAAGGUGGGCCUGGGGAAGAAGACCUGGACCUUCUGCGGAACUCCCGAGUACGUGGCCCCGGAGAUCAUCCUCAACAAAGGGCACGACAGCUCAGCCGACUGCUGGUCACUCGGGAUUCUGGUCUUUGAGCUUCUCAGCGGAAGUCCGCCGUUUUCCGGCUCGGACCCGAUGAAGACGUACAACAUCAUCUUGAGGGGCAUCAACAUGGUGGAAUUCCCUAAAAAGAUCACCAAGAGUGCCGCCAACCUCAUCAAGAGACUUUGCAGGUUGUGGCUGAGCAGAGAUUCAGAAAACUUCAGAGUCGUGAUCCUUCUGGUGAUUUU